GCUUUCGGCCCUUUCCCGAAACUUCCCUGAGCGCGGCGAGGCGUAAACUAGGGCCCGGCGUCUUGUGCCCCUUCUUUCCUCGCCUCAUGCUGAGUUACUAGGCAGUGCAGCAGCCACCAUGACCACCAGCCAGAAGCACCGAGACUUCGUGGCCGAGCCAAUGGGGGAGAAGCCCGUGGGCACGUUAGCGGGCAUUGGAGAUGUGCUUGGCAAGAAGCUGGAAGACAAAGGCUUUGACAAGGCUUAUGUAGUACUUGGGCAAUUCUUAGUGCUGAAGAAGGAUGAAGACCUCUUCCGCGAGUGGCUGAAGGACACUUGCGGUGCCAACGCCAAGCAAUCCAGAGACUGUUACGGCUGCCUGAGGGAGUGGUGUGACGCCUUCUUGUAGGGGCCAUUGACCACGGCUUGGUGGAUGCUGUUAUGGCUUCUGUUAGCUAGAGAUUGAACCUUCCCUUUCCUCCCACUGUGUAUUCCCUGCAGACCUGACAGCAUCUACAAGGGCUCGCUUUUGAGUCCAGAGAAACAAAUCAUUAAUGCCUCUUUAAUGUAGCUUGAACCUCUUUGGAUUUUGUGGAGGGAGUUGAAAAGGAGAAACCAUUACAUUUUGAGCUUUAUAGAGGUGGUUGUCUUUUAUCCGACUUAGAGGUCCCUGUUGACUCUUGAGCCACCUGACUCCAAAACUGUAUUGCCUAUAGACAUAAGGGGCUAUUCUCAGCUCCCUUGGCUUGAGCCCACCUGGCUUAAGGUUUAUCUAUUAAUUCUAAAAGCAAGAUAUUAAGUACAAAUUUUCUAACUUGUUUCCACUUUUUGAUCCUCCACAUAAGUUUUAUGCCAACUGGCCUAAUGAGAAGAACAAAGAAUCAUUGCAAAGUUUUUAGAACAAUAAAAAUGGGUUGUGUUGA